UAGCCCAUAGGGAACGUAUAAGAGAAAGAAACUGUGUGAGAGAGAGAGAGAGAGGCUGAAACUCCAAGAAAGAAAGAACUUUACUGUGAGAGUCGUUGCGCGUCUUCCAUCUCAACAAAAAAAAACCAUCUCUCAAUCCCAAAGGCCAAAGUGGAUUUUCAGGAAAGCAUUUUGGAAGACUUGGCUUUAGGUUUUAAAGGGUUGCAAAUAUGAGUGACAAUUUGAUGGAGAAAGUUAGUGCUUUUGGUGAACGCCUCAAGAUUGGAGGUGUCGAGGUGGGCCGAAAGAUGAGUGCAGGCAUGAGCUCAAUGAGCUUCAAGGUAAAGGAGCUUUUUCAAACCCCAAACCAGACUGAUAAGCUUGUUGAAGAUGCAACCUCAGAGGACCUUGACGAGCCUGAUUGGGCUAUGAAUCUUGAUAUCUGUGACAUGAUCAAUCAUGAAAAAAUCAACAGCGUUGAAUUGAUCCGUGGAAUAAAGAAGCGGAUUGUGUUGAAGAGUCCUAGGGUCCAGUACUUCGCUCUGGUGUUGCUUGAAACAUGUGUUAAGAAUUGUGAGAAGGCUUUCUCGGAGGUGGCAGCAGAGAGAGUUCUUGAUGAGAUGGUGAAGCUGAUUGAUGAUCCUCAGACUGUAGUUAAUAAUCGUAACAAGGCUUUGGUCCUAAUUGAGGCAUGGGGUGAAUCAACCAGUGAACUCCGCUAUUUGCCAGUUUAUGAAGAAACAUAUAAGAGUUUAAAAUCAAGGGGGAUUCGUUUCCCUGGUCGUGACAAUGAGAGUUUGGCACCGAUCUUUACUCCUCCUCGUUCAAUAUCUGAUUCAGAAUACAAUAGUGAUCUUCCCCGGCAGAUUCAGCAUGAUCUUCCUGUGCAGAGCUUUACUGCUGAACAAACAAAGGAAGCAUUUGAUGUUGCAAGGAACUGUAUGGAGCUUCUUAGUACAGUUUUAUCCUCUUCACCACAACAAGAUGUUUUGAAGGAUGACUUGACAGCCACCCUGGUACAACAGUGUCGUCGCUCACAAUCAACUGUCCAGAGAAUUAUUGAGACAUCUGGAGAUAACGAGGCACUGCUUUUUGAAGCCUUGAAUGUAAAUGACGAGAUCCAGAAAGUUCUAUCCAAGUACGAGGAGCUUAAUAAGCCUUCAGAUGUUCGUGUUGAGCCAGAACCUGCUAUGAUACCCGUCGCCGUUGAACCUGACGAGUCACCCCGUUAUGCAAAAGAAGAUGCACUGAUUAGAAAACCCGCUGGUUCUCGAGGUUCAGGCCCGGGGGGAAGUAGCGAUGAAGUGAUGGAUGAUCUUGAUGAAAUGAUAUUUGGUAAGAAAGGUGGGGGUACGUCUGAUUCCGGGCACAAUACCAAGAAGCAACCACCAAAGGAUGAUCUCAUCACUCUUUGAACCACUUCACUCGGUAGUUUCCAUGGUUUUUAGGACACUGUUGAUAUUGGGUUUUUUAGUUGGUGAAGAACAUUUAAAUUUGAUGUUUAACAAGCAUUGGUUUUGGACUUUCUCUUGAAACUUAAAUUGUUUUUGGCACAUCGUGUAAGUGAUUAAUGUUUAUAUCUGAUCACAUGCUUGAUGGAGUUAUCAUAUAGGAGAUAUUCGGGAACAAA